AUGCUGGCCUGUUCUAGCAUUGCUAGUGCAUUCCCAAAGGUUUUAACCAUAUUUCUAUUUUGCUACACUGGCUUUACAACUUUAGUGUAUGUGGAUGCUAUUCCUCGAGGCUUAACAUUGACGUUGCUCGGACCGAUAUUUGUGCUUAGUAUAUAUACGUACUUUACGGUCAUAAAAGUGGGUGCUGGGAGUCCACUAGAGUUUUCUGAGCUUCGUAUUACAGAUGUGAGUGCAGCGGAUCAAGGUUUAGAGUUUCCGCCCGAGUUUCUCACCAAAAGAUCUGUCACUUUAAAGAGAAACGGUCGGUUCCGAUUUUGUCGCAUAUGCAAUGUUUGGAAACCAGAUCGAUGUCACCAUUGCUCGUCAUGCAAUGUGUGCUACUUAAAGUUGGAUCACCAUUGUCCAUGGUUUGCUAGUUGCGUGGGAUUUCGAAAUCAGAAAUAUUUCGUUCAAUUCCUCAUACAGGCCACAACUUACUCUUUGGUCGUGUUUUUCAUUGCAGGUACCCAUUUCUUGCUAUGGUUUCGCAAUGAGCGCUACAAGGAUGAGGUCAUAAACUUGCAACUACUAAUAGUGUGGAUUCUGUCUGUCAUCAUCACGAUAUCCAUGGCGGCUUUUACUGGCUAUACUGUUUACCUUGUAACUCAGAAUAGGACAACUAUUGAGACGUAUGAAUGGUCAGAACACAAUUUACAAUCGAACUUACUAGACGAAGUACGUGGAACUCAGACUCGGGAGAGCACAAAUUUGUUUGAUUUGGGUUCAGCUUCCCGCAAUUGGCAGUGCGUGAUGGGACAAAGUUGUUUCGAAUGGGUCUUCCCCAUACCUACCCAAUCGCAACUUAGAUCCAGGCAUACGCUGGAUGAAAGUGGCCUCUAUUUCGAAGUCAAUAGAGACUGGCGCAAUGAGGUUUCGGAAAGUAUGACUUUACAAGAGCAACUGAUGAGGCGUUUGACGCCAAGGUCUUCGUAUGAUCACAACAACUCACGCCCCUUUGCGCUAGGUGACUGA